AUGCCCAAGGAAGCCGAAGCAUGGGUGGAUUCUUGUGCGGUUUGUGCAACGAAUGGAAAACCAGAAAGACCAACUCCGAUGCAACGCGUCUUUGCACCGCGGAACGUAUGGGAGACAGUGGCAAUAGAUUUCAACGGGCCUUAUUUAAAGUAUGGCGGCAUCUCGAUCCUGGUCAUAGUAGACUAUCGCUCUCGGUAUAUCAUUGCAAAACCUGUCAAAUCUACGAGUUUCGAAAACACUAAGAAAGUACUGGAAGCGGUUUUUGAAAAAGAGGGUUUUCCCCAGACCAUCAAAUCUGACAAUGGUCCUCCCUUCAAUGGUGAAGACUAUAGGCAAUAUUGUGCAGACCGGGGCAUCAAUGUUGUCUUCUCUACACCAUUGCAUCCUCAACAAAAUGGCUUGGCCGAAAGCUGCAUGAAAUUAGUUAAUAAAGCUAUGAAUGCUGCAGCUUCGUGCGGAACGGAUUAUAUCGAAGAACUUAGCUCCGCAAUCCAUGCGUAUAACGCAGCUGCUCAUUCCGUCACCAAAUUGCCCCCGGAAGAAGUUUUGACGGGUCGUAGAAUAAGACGUGGACUUCCGCUAUUAUGUCACAGCAAAGUAACGAUUGAUGAUGAGUUACUGAACGCCAGAGACCAAUACUCUAAGCUACAGUCGAAGGAUCGAGAAGAUUUUAAACGAGGAGCACGCCUGUGUCGAGUGAAACCUGGUGAUACAGUCGUAGUUGAAAGGCAAAAUCGUAAGAAGGCAGAAUCUCGUUUUGAUUCUCGGCGAUAUACCGUGAGAGAAGAAAAGAAUGGGAUGUUGGUUUUGAUCGAUGAGACUGGGCAGAUCCUGAAGAGACACGUAUCACAAACCAAGAGGGUACAAACCUGGAGAAACAUUGAUCAGCGAACUACUGCGAAUACUGGAAAUAGCGCCGUUCAGCCAAAAUCGACUGGACGCACCAUUACUGAGUCCAAUGACAAGGAUGGAAAUACCGCGACAAAUCGUCGUUCAGCGAGGAAAGAAACCUCCGGCGUACCUCGAAAGUUAUGA